UCUCUGAGACGCUGAUUUUUUAGAGAUAUCCCUAACUGACGUGAACUAAAAAUACUGUGAAAACAAUAUGAGAACUCGAGAAAGCCAAGCCGAUUAUUUUCUCGUUUUGAUAUUAUGGAAAUGCAAAAAUACUUAAUAAUAUAAAAUAAUUGCGACAUAAAUCUAAUGGUUAGCUGGGAAUUAUCCAAUCACAUUAUUGUUUAUGAUUAUCCUAAUGUGAGCGAGAAGAAAAUGGAAGAAGAGGAACAUUUUGACUACAGGAGCCCUAAAGGGCAGCUUAUUAAGAUCCUGGAACAAAAAUCCAAGAAACCAGAAAUUGACAAUACUUUAUCGCAGGUUUUGGAAAAGUUUUCUGAGCUAAAUAAAAGACAAAAUAUGUAUUUAGAAAACGGUAUUUUUAAAACGAAUUUUGCUGAGGAUGCAUUAUUGUUACAACACUGCGCAUUGUAUUAUGGCAAAAGGGUCGAUAAGCUUUGGAACGAUUUGCUGCAACUACAUACAAGACUUCUACAGUAUGAUCAAAAUCGUAAUAAAAAAACCGCCAAAAGAAAUGAAUCUAGUCAAUUGGAACUAGAAAAACUAGAGGAACGGAUUAAUCGAGGCAGACAUAAAAAAAUUAAGUUGGUACAAUCCAAAGAAAACAAAACAAUAGGGGAAAUGUAUGAUGAGCAAAACAUGAUUUUAAGGGCUGAUGAUGAGGAACAAUAUGAUGUCCAAAAACCAUUUGAAUUAGAUACAGAACUUAUGGACAGUUGGAGUCAGUUGUCAUUUUCAAAGGAAAAGAAAAUUUCAAAGGUGUUGAUGGAGCACUCUAUGCAGCCAUAUCGCUUGAAAAAUUACCUUGUUCCUGGCGAAAAUGACAUUAUUUAUGAUGGUGAUGAUCCUGAAGAAUUCAAUACUAAGCAAAGCAGACUUCCAUCAUAUCAUCCCAUUCGGCAUUUAUUUGAAUAUAAUGAUAGAUGCCUUUUGCCUGAUACUAAUAACACUAUUGCUAAAUUGAGAAUGGCCUAUAUGGGCAAUCAAAAGUACUUGAAUGAGAAACACAUCCAUGGAGAUGCAUUAUAUGAAACUUAUAAAGUUGGGUACCAGAAGUUUGUUAAAAGUUUCUUUGAACAUGAACGCAAAAAAAUUCAAAACAUGCCUCAAGAGGAUUUACGAGACUUGCAUAAGUUUUACCGAGAACUUGAACGCAAAGAAAAAGAGGCUCUGUUUGUAAGAAGUAAAUCAAAUGAAAAUUCCCAAGAAAUUUCAACUUCGGUUACUUUUGAAAGUCUUGUAUUGGGAAAAUUGUUUCAAGAUCUUUCUUUUGCAGAUCUCAACGCAGAAGAAUGUGAGUUGGGCAUUCCUCAAGAAUUGGCAAAUAUCACUGUUGACUUAACCGAAAGUACACCAGCUGAUAAGUUAAGAUCAGAUUCAGGUUACUUUGAUGGAGGUUUUGAAAAUGAUGAUGAUGAUGAUAUGAAUAAUACUGAUGAUGUAGAAAGGCAAGAAGCAAAUAAAGAUUUGUCAGAAAAUAAAUCUGCUCCCGAUACUAAAAAUGAAACUAGUUUAGAUAUUAAUGUAGUACAGGAUAAGCAAUCCUCAAUUAACAGUUUCACGGACAAUUUAAACGCUUCAAGUAAUUGCAUAAUGCAGAAUAGCAAUGUGAUUCAGGAAUAUCAUCAAGCAACUUUGUCGACUGUAGAAAAUAUUGAUAAUCAAGAUUUUGUGAAUGUCAAUUACUCAAAACGUUUAGAUGAUACAAAUAAAAAUGUGACUCAUGUGGGACAUGAUUAUAUUAAACAAACAAAGGACAUGAUUAUGAUCAUUUACAAUAAAGAUCACCAAAAUAACAAUAUUGUACCCAUUACAAGAACCUCAAAAACAUUGGGGAAAAAUAUUAAACUGAAAACUGUUAUGGACUCGAAAGUACAAAAUGAACAAAGGAAAAGGGAACUUCUUCAUAAAGAUAAACUUUUAGUGAAAAGGAGGAAACUUACUGCAAAGCAGAUCAUCAACUUGAAAAAAAGCCUUAUCAAGCCAGUCAAUGAACUAAAAUGGGAAAGCUUCUUUUCCAUGAACUAUCGAACUGAGAUUGGUGAAGGCGAUGUGGUCAGGACUUAUUAUGAGCCAGACUUUGAAAUUGAAGAUCAUUUCGAUAACAUUUCGAAUCCAGAUCACAACACUGAUUGCGAGGGCUCCCACGAUCAUGACUAUUGCCGUCCAGAUAGCGCCAUAGAUUUAUCAAGGUCAUGUGUUUCCCCAGCUCCUUGCGCAUCUCCAAGUGCAGUCACACAAAUGAAGGGCACAUCUGACAAUCAUCCAGAACUGGACAAAUCUGAUGAGGUUUUAGACAAUUCAUUCUUCACUAACGAUUCAGGAUUUGGUACAAGUUCACUUCUCACACAGUCUGACAGUAGCAUAACAGAAAAGAGUGUGCUACAAAAUGACAGUGGAUUGUGGAGUGUGGAAAAUGAGCGACAAAAAAUUAAGCAAUCUGUUACUGAGUGGAAAUCAUUUAUUGAACCGAAAUUAAAGAUGCUAAAGGAGAAAGACUUCGAUAUUCAUAAAUAUGGCUCUGAUAUAAUGGAUUCUAUGGAAUUAAAUGAGACAAAGUUGUUUACAAAUUUAGUUGUUGGUAAAUCCCCCGCUGAAGUUGUCAGAUACUUUAUUUCAUCCCUGCAGCUUGCUAGUACGUGCAAUGUGGAGAUCUGUGGUGUACAGAAAGGGACACUGUCAAAUGAAACUUUAUCUUUGAAGUUAUUGAACAAAGAGAGGUACCAUGACCAUUUAGAAGAGUAUCAGGCACCAUCUGAAGAAUGUUUUACCGAAAAAUUAAAUAGGAUUAAAGAAAUUAGACAGCACACAUAUACUGUUAAGGCUUCGAAUCGUCAAAAUUUCAAACAUAAGAGUUCAACCUCCACAGAUUGCGUUUCUUCAUCAAAGAAAAUAAAAAUCUUGUCAAAUUGUGUGGUAGCUCGGAGAAACGGCAGUCAAGGAGCUUCAGAACCUUCUACUUCUAGAAAUCAUAUGUCUGUAUCAGAGGUGGAAAAAAUAGCGAAGCAUGAAGAUUCAGUUUCAGACGAAGAUACAUUUUUUGAUAGUUGUUCUAAACUAUCACAAUCCACUCCUAGAAAAGUGUGAACAACUUCAAUUUUUAAUUGUUUUUUUUUGUAUAAAAGUAUUUUGUAUUUAAUAAGCUAUUGACCCAUUAACAUAUUGAAGUUGAUACUAAAUUAUUGUUAGUACUCAGCCUCAGUUUCUUGCUGCAACAUUAAUUAAAAAUAUAACAUCCAAAAGGUAGCUGAAACGUAUUAUCACAGAAUAAUUUUUUUUUCUACUCCCUUCUGGAAAAUACCUAAUUAUACACCGAUCUAGCGUGCGGGAAGCGUCACUUUACCACGUGAGUUUGAGAUGGCCGUAUUUGUCCAAAUCGUAUCGUGCAGCGCGAGCGGGAGGCCGGCAAAGCGUUUCCCUGGAGAAAGAAUUUUCCUUGAUAGAGAAUAAUUCAGAAUUGUUUAGAUUACAAUGAUUUUAAAAUACAUCUGUUAAUAUUUACAGUCACUCGGCUUAAAAGAUUCAGUUGCAUUUUAAUUAAUCAAAGAGCCAAACCUAUCAUAAAUGUUUAAAGGUUCUCAAUUAUUUUAAAUAAAUCAUUGCGGUCAUAGUAAAAUUGUAUUUAAGUACCUUUAUAAUAAUUUGAAAUAGAACACUAUUAGUUUGAAAAAGUUAUUUGCGAAAAUAUGAAACUGUGUAUAUUUGACGCAUACGUCCUGCGUGCGGGACAUUUGGGUAGGUAGUGUGGGAUGUUAAGGUGUGUAGUCAGUCAUAUGAAAUAUUUAGUUUUAGGUAAUUAUGGUAACAUGGUACAAAGUAAGGACAAACAUUUGCAGUAACUAACUAACAUAACGAACAUAAAAAUUAUGGUAAUAAAUGCAUAACUUGACGUAAAUUCUUAAAUCAACUUUCCGUUAAAAAUCUGACUACAAUAUAGUCUGCAGUUGUCAAUCCAUUGACAGAGAGGUCAAAAUCUUUGUCCAACUUUUCAGGGGCGUAAUGUCGUGAUGAAAAACUGAACCCCAAAUCGUCAGCCACUCGCCAAAUUUUCAUUCCAUUUUUAAGAACACACCUGACUGCAAAUUUAAUUUGCUCCUUGUUUUUUCGAGAUCUUUCAAUCUUUUUAGUAUUCUGCCUACAAUGUAGUAAGAAAGAAUUGGUAAAUGACUGUUAUAUCGCUAUACAACUAGUGAAUUUAUUUGGAUAAAUGCAUGAUCCAAAUCUCCCUUAUUAUGCAGGAGAUUUGGGUCAUGAUUCAAACAUCCCGCACUUUCCUGACUCAUACCUCCCAAUUUCCCGCUCUCAAAAUGAUGUUUGUUUAUAUUUUGGUAAUGGUUUGUUUACUAAAAGAUCCCCAAAUUAGAGUGUAAAAAUACGUCUCGUGCUAUAUCGAAUGAUAA